AAAUGGAAUUUUAAAUAAACACAUGUAUUCCUUGAAAAGUGCUGUUAUAAAUAAUAAUAUCAUCUGCUACUAAAAAUAAAUAUGAAAUAAGUAAAUAAGUGCAAGUACCUAUCUAUUUCAAAAUAUUAUUACUUAAAAUGGGUUUACAAAGAUUAGGAGAUAUUGUAAGCUUAAAUUGUUUUAUGUUAAUAAUAGUAAUAGCUGUGAUAACCGUAAACAUAAUUGUGAUACAUUACGUUGAUUUACAUAAUCCAGAUUAUGAAUUUCUUGUUUGGGGAUAUCAAUGCAAAGAAAAUAAAUGUGUUAAAAUUGAAUUGGAUGAAAGUAAUUAUGAUAAAGCUAUAAGUAAUUCAGUUUGUAAAUUAUUUUGUGGAGAAGAUAUUGGUACAUUAUGGCCAAAACCUUCAGGUCCAAUAAAACUUGGUACAUACAUGGCCCAUAUAAAUAUAAAAAAAGUAAUUUUCGAUUAUCCAAGAAUUGCAGAACAUUUAGAAAUGUGGUAUGAAAGUAAGAAUCGUCUAAUGGAGCAAAUAUAUGCUCAGAUACCUGAUAUGGAAUUUUUAAAAGAUGAAGGAAGAUUAUUAAAUAUAAAAUUAUGUGUUCAAAAUAAUUCAAUUCAAUUGACAUGGAAUACUGAUGAAAGUUAUUCUUUAAAUAUAACAAUUGGAAAUAACGAAGUUUUUGCAGAAAUAAAUGCUAAAACAUAUUUUGGUGCUAGACAUGGAUUAGAAACUUUAUCUCAAUUAAUUGUUUAUGAUAAUAUUCGUAAUGAAAUUCAAAUUGUUGCAGAAGCUGAAAUUAACGAUAAACCAGCAUAUCAACACAGAGGUUUGAUGUUAGAUACUUCCAGAAAUUAUUUUUCAAUUGAUUCUAUAAAAAAAACCAUUGAUGGUAUGGCUAUGACAAAAUUAAAUACAUUUCACUGGCAUAUAAUUGAUUCACAAAGUUUUCCACUUGUAAUAAAAUCAAGACCAGAUUUUUAUAGAUAUGGUGCAUAUUCUUCACAUCAAAUAUAUACUCCAGAGAAUAUAAAAGAUAUUAUAGAAUUUGCACGAAUCCGUGGAAUUCGAGUCAUUCCAGAAUUUGAUGCUCCUGCUCAUGUUGGAGAAGGAUGGCAAAAGACAAAUAUGACCGUAUGUUUUGGAAUUCAACCAUGGGACAAAUAUUGUGUGGAGCCACCAUGCGGGCAAUUGAACCCGACCGUCGACAAACUUUAUGAUGUUCUUCAAGACAUUUAUCAUGAAAUGCUAUAUUUGUUUGAAAAUCCUGAUGUAUUCCAUAUGGGGGGAGAUGAGGUAUCAAAUGCUUGUUGGAAUUCAAGCGAACAAAUUCAACUUUGGAUGCAACAACGUCACUGGGAAUUAAAUAAUGAAGGUUUUCUUAAAUUAUGGGCAUAUUUUCAAAAUAAUGCUUUGGAACGUUUAGAUAAAGUAUCUAAUAAUAAAUUACCAAUCAUUGUAUGGACAAGUGGUUUAACUGAAAAGGAAAAUGUUGAAAAGUAUUUAGAUAAGACUAGAUAUAUAAUACAAGCGUGGACUUCUGGAAAUGAUUCAAGAGUUAAAAAUCUCUUGCAACUUGGAUACAGAUUGAUUUUAAGUAAUUAUGACGCCUUAUACUUUGAUUGCGGUGGUGCUGCUUGGGUAAAUGACGGAAACAAUUGGUGUUCACCAUAUAUUGGUUGGCAAAAAGUUUACGAGAAUCGUCCUAAAAAAAUAGCUGGAGAAUAUUUAAAUCAAAUCUUGGGUUGUGAAGCUACAGUUUGGUCAGAGCAAGUUGAUGAUACAACAAUCGAUGCAAGAUUUUGGCCAAGGGCUAGUGCUCUUGCUGAACGUUUAUGGAGUGAUCCAGACGAAAGUUGGAAAAAAGCUGAAUCACGUUUUUUAUUAAAUAGGAAACGUUUAGUUGAAAACGGAAUAAAAGCGGAGACGGUUCAACCAGAAUGGUGCUUACUAAAUGAAGACGAAUGUCCAAUUAUGAAAAACUAAAUAAAAAAUGUUUUAUAUGUUGGAAAACAAAUUUAAAGUUAGACAAA